CAUACACUAAAAUGUGUAUCUAUAAUUUUUUUUUGUUAAUAUAAACAACGCACCGAAAUCAAGACAAUAACAUUUGUGGAGCUUUUGAUAUUUUGCUGAUUUGUUUAAUCAAGAUUUGUGCUCAUCUUCAACACGUAUUUUGUGAAGCUUGUUCGUUCUAUAAAUAAUCCCAAGUACUCGGCCUCUACUUUCACGCAACUGGUACCGAGUGUUCUCAGCUUACUCAUAAGUCAAUAUGUCAAAACAACCAACUUUUUUGUUUGUGUUUCUUCCUCUUAUUUUCGCUCUUGCUAUCUCAGAAAUCGCGACUGCUGUAAAAUUUUGUGAACAUAUGAGCCAAACGUGGACUGGAAAGUGUGAUAACAACAAGUGUGAUAAAAAAUGCAUUGAAUGGGAGAAAGCAAUCCACGGAGCUUGUCACUCGCGUGAAGGGAAAUCUGGUUGCUUCUGCUACUUUGACUGUGCCAAGAAACCUCCAAAAGAUUCCGUACCGGCUCCUCCCGGAUCCAUACCUCCUGCUGCCGGUGGCGGCGGCGGCGGAUCAUCACCUCCUGCUGCCGGUGGUGGUGGUGGUGGCGGAUCAUCACCUCCUGCUGCCGGUGGUGGUGGUGGUGGUGGUGGCGGAUCAUCACCUCCUGCUGCCGGUGGUGGUGGCGGAUCAUCACCUCCUGCUGCCGGUGGCGGUGCUGGCGGAUCGUCACCUCCUGCUGUCGGUGGCGGUGGCGGAUCAUCACCUCCAGCUGGCGGCGGGUCGUCAUCUCCUCCCAAAGGCGAUAAGCCAUGUCAGCAUAUCGAAGAUUAGUUCACUUGCAUGCAGGAACUGCGGGGACAAAAAUCCAAACCGAAAAAGAGCUACAUCCUUUAAUAGCAAGAUUUCUAUGAGUACUAAUAAAUAGGAAAUACUUCCUAAGCAUUACGUGAAGUGUAAUAAUGCUUGUUGUACUAUACAAAGUCUCAAUGUAACACAUUUAUAAAAUUUUAACUAAUCAUUAUGAUUUUUAUCUAAUUUUAUAAUUUUUUUCUCCCUAAUUUGUUAAACUAUACAAAGUCUCAAUGUAAC